AUGGCACACGAUUAUUUAGGCAUCAAACCUUCAAGUGUUUCUAGCGAAAGAGCAUUUUCAAAGGCUGGCUUUACGAUCACUAAUGAUAGAGCGUCUAUUAGUGAAAAAACCGUGUCCAAAAGCCAAAAUGAGUUUAGUCCUCUUGGAGAUCUUCCCUGA